ACAACAACUGAAAACAGAGUAAUAUGUUAUAGUUCUCAAACAAACACACAACUACCACAACCUUUAAAUGCAUUUUUCUCUUUUCCAUUGCACAUAUGGAAUGACAUUUCAAAAAAUAAUAAUAGAAAUCAUGAUAUACAUAUGUUUAUAUCUGCACAUCCUC